CCAAUAGUGUUCGACCGGGGCCCAUCUUUGUUGAGCAGUAGGCAGGCAGAUGGGCAGAGUUGUUGCUUUCUUGCCAGCCCAACACGGAUUAUUUGACCUCGGCGUAUGCCCAAAACCCAAAGCGUGAAGGGGGAUGUCAAAGCGAGUGCGAAGCAAGGAGGUCUGCGCCGACUGCAGUGCUCCAGAGCCUCGCUGGGCUUCCGUCAACAGAGGUGUGUUGAUCUGCGAUGAGUGCUGCAGUAUCCAUCGAGGCUUGGGACGACACAGCUCCCAAGUCAGGCAUCUGACCCACUUGAUGUGGCCCCCCUCCCAGUUCCAGAUGGUGCAAACGCUCUACGGCAAUGGCGCCAAUUCCAUAUGGGAGCACAGCCUUUUGGACCCCUCCUCUUCGGCGAGUGGGAAACGCAAAGCCAGCCCGCAGGACCGUGUUCACCCCAAUAAGACCGAGUUCAUCAAGGCCAAAUACCAGAUGUUGGCGUACGUCCAUCGCAUGCCUUGCCGGGAAGACGACAGCGUGACCGCCAAAGACCUUAGCAAGCAACUGCAUUCUAGUGUUCGCACGGGAAACCUGGAAACCUGCCUGAGGCUUUUAUCUUUGGGAGCGCAGGCCAACUUCUUCCAUCCAGAGAAAGGAAACACACCCCUGCACAUAGCGGCCAAAGCGGGACAACUGUUACAAGCCGAGCUGUUGGCGGUUUAUGGAGCAGAUCCAGGAGCUCUGGACUCCAGUGGGAAGACCCCAAUUGAUUGUGCAAGGCAAGCUGGGCAUCAGGAGGUAGCCGAGCGCCUGGUGGAGAUCCAAUAUGAACUCACUGACCGACUAACGUUUUACCUCUGUGGACGACGACCAGGUAAAUGGACUAACAGCACUUUGUGCCUCCCCCUUUUUUUGUCCUCAGAAUUCAUUUGUCAUUUUGUUGUUGCAGAUCACAGAUUUGGGCAACACUUCAUCAUUCCUCAAAUGGCAGACAGUAGUCUUGAUUUGUCAGAAUUUGCAAAGGCUGCAAAGAAGAAGCUCCAGUCUCUAAGUAAUCAUCAGUUUGAAGAACUCGCCAUGGAUGUUUAUGAUGAAGUCGACAGGAGGGAAACCGAUGCAGUGUGUUUAGCCACGCAGAACCACAGCACACUUGUAACGGACACCACAGUUGUUCCUUUCCUGCCGGUCAACCCUGAGUACUCCUCAACCAGAAACCAAGGUCGUCAGAAGUUGGCGAGGUUUAGCGCCCAUGAGUUUGCGACCUUGGUCAUCGAUAUUCUAACAGAUGCCAAACGUCGGCAGUGGGGGAAUUCCUGCGAAAGUCCUAAAGAAAGUGUGGAGCUGAUCUUGCAGGGAACAAACAGUCGCCACAACAGCGACUGCCAGGACAACGACCAGCCAGACUACGACAGCGUGGCUUCGGAUGAAGAUCCGGCCCAGGAAGCCACCUGUGGUAUCAACUGCGUUGAUGGGAGGACCAAGAGUUCGGAGUCGUCGGACAUGUCCGACGGCCCCAUCACGGUGCAAGAAUUCAUGGAGGUAAAGAGCGCCCUCACUGCGUCGGAAGCCAAAAUACAGCAGCUGCUCAAAGUCAACUGUCACCUGAGCGAGGAGCUGCGAGCGAUGCAAGGCAAGCUGACCUGCUUGCAAACUGAAAAUACAACUCUACGAUGGCAGGCCCCCAGCGGACAACACCACGGCCAUGGGCCCGUCGCUCGACGCCAGACCCGCGGAGGUCGCGCCAUGUCCAUGUACGAGACCGGCUCCUCCCCCAGACAGUACCCUCAGCGCGAAGAAAGCGCCCGGCGUGAUGACGGAGUCGUCUUACAACCCUUCCCGGCGAACAUUGGGAGGGGUCCUUUGGGAACGGCCGCUUCCUCCCUCCCAUCCUUGCCCUCUUCCCCGUCCUGGUCGUGGGAUGAGAGAUCUCGAAGGGGCUGCAGUUUGGAGGGACAGAGCACCAUUAUCAAAUGUGACAUUUUAUCCAACCACUCUGAAGCAGCGGACGCCGACCCGCCGCUGGCUACUGAGGCAGUAGAGAGCGAGUUGGAUUUUGAGGAAGACCCCACCCUGCCGUGCACCGAGGACGUCAUCUGCAAGACGGAGCAGAUCACCAAGAACAUUCAGGAGCUUCUAAGGGCCGCCCAGGAGACCAAACAUGAAAGCUUUCUGCCGUGUGCAGAGAAGAUCUGUGUGGCUGUGAAGGAGAUGGCCGCUCUGUUUCCAAAGAGGCCGUCCUCCGAGACCGUGCGCGGCUCCCUCUUCCUGCUCACCUCCAGCGCGGGCCGGCUGCACGGCGAGUGUUACGGCCCCUGCCCCGCCGACGUGCAGCUGGUCACGCAGCAGGUCAUCCAAUGCGCCUACGACAUCGCCAAAGCCGCCAAGCAACUUGUCACCGUGACCACCAAAGAAAACAACAUUUAGCAGCUCCAGCCCCUCCCCCACAGCAAGAAAAAAAAAAAAAAAUCACACGAGGUAAACCUCUACUUCGAUUGUUGCACGUCCUCGACACAUACAUUCCUUUAGCUUGCAGCAGUUAGCACGCGGAAGCUUUAUUUAUUAUUAUUUACUUAAUGUCAUCCUACCUUACAAAGAUUGAAUCCACACAUUUCUUAAUGUUGUAUCUUAUGUAUAGCAAAUAAGACAGCAAGCCGUUAACAUUGUUCCCCUUUCAGUGCUCUCCAAUUGGUGCAAAAACAGUAUUUCUUCAGUGUGUGUUCAAUUAGGAAGCCUAUAAUAGGAGCAUUCAUCACACACAACUGCAAAAAGGGGAUACACUGCGAGAUAGGGAGGUUGAACCCAAGUAGAACUCUGUUACAAAAGAGGUUGGCUAUAUCACCUGACAACAAUCAAAUAUUUUGUAUUAAUACGUUGGCAAGCUUGGUCCAAAAUGUGCUUUUUUUGAGUAAUGUAUUCGUGAUAUACUUGUAUGAUAUAUGCAUUUGUGUGAGUGUGUACAGAAGUCCUAAGCGGCUCAUGUGAAAUCCAUUUAAAGAACAGUAUGCAAGUAUAUAUGGGGAAAAAAAACAUGUCUAUAUCAAUGUAAUUCUUUAUCAAAGUAAUCCAAAUGCUAUUCUAUUUAUGAACGUGUGUCAUACCUCUUGAAGAAAAAAAACAAGAAAAAAAUAUUUUCAUAAGCUUUUGUUUGUAAUGCUCCUCACAAGCUGUGGGGAGUGAGCCCCCUUUUGUUUUUUUAUCAUCAGAGUGCAAAUGUGCCCCUAAAUCAAGUCGGAUCUCACUUUCCAGCCUGAUCCGUUUCACCGCUGCGGGUGGAAAAAGUAACAGAAUACCUCGGGCCACCCGGAGCCCAGUGAAGUUAAGGUUACAUUUUGUCUAGUAAAACAAAGGCUUUUUUUUGGAUAAUAACUAACAAGUCUGGAGUUCAUUCAACAGAUUCAAACUAUGAUCCAGCAUGUGUAUCUUGUGUUUUCUGUUUUUGUUGUUGUUGUUUUUUUGAACAAGUUGUGCUGAAAUUUGGGAGCAUUAAAUCCAGGGUGGGAGAAAUGUGACAGUUUCAUGUUACUUACAAUGCAGAAUAUACGCAACAAUUAAUGAAUAAACAUGUAUUUAGUA